GUUCGUCAUUCCUCAACAUUGUGUGUAGUACUACCCUAAGAAGCCCUCUCGUAGUGGCAUCGAGUCAUGCCUCCAUCGCGAUCGGGCAGAAGCGGCGUCCCAGAAGCCUUCAUCAUCAAAUGGCGACAAGCGCCAGGCAAUCACGCCACGGUGCAUCCACAGGGCCCGGCCUUGAUACGCCGACCAGCAACUGCAUGCAGCAACUGUCGCAGUGCAAAGACUCGAUGCAAGGUUGAUGCUGCUUUUAGUGGCAGCCCGAGAGACUGCAGGCGUUGUGCUGUCCGCGGCCUCAACUGUACGUGGUCAGCAGUUGCUGCCAGUCCUACCUCGACGACGGCUUUCGCACCUUCGCCUUCGGUUGGGACCGCAGCCGAGAGUUCCCGGCAAUCCUUUCUAUCUGGCAACCAUCUUGAGCAACAGAUACUAAUGGCCCAGAACUCGCCUAAUGCCGCCACCGACAACGACGAUCUAGCGAGCGAUUUCGUGGAAAAGCGGUGUUCAAAUUGGGCGCCUGGGAUAUCGAGCUCUCUUCAGACACAAGUCAGGCCUGCGCAUGGCACUGACCAAUGCCAAACGAUUAGCAGCAAACACGACGCUUCAGAUCCCGAUGGCCAAGAUGACCGCUCGUCAGCAUCACAAUCCGCGACUAGCCGGUCCCCUGCUGUCACAUCAGUCUCGUCCCAGAGCAGACUAACAUUGUCGUGCUCUUGUCGUGGAGACCUCAUGCUUUGCGUGAAAAAGAUUGCCCGCAUCAUGCAACAGCCACCUCUCGACGAUAUCGGCCAAACAUCCACGCUUCCACCACCCCGGCUGGACAAAGUCUUUGCCGUCACCGCUACUGUGAUUGAUCAGGCACAAAAGGUCUUGAACUGCAAGACCGAGACCCUGCGCUGCACGGACCUGUUGCACAUCAUGUCGGCCCUGCAGGAGGCGAUGCCGUGCUUCACCCACAUCUCCCAGAGCUUGCUCAACUCGGACAGCUGGACGCCGGCGGUGGCUACCGAGGCAUCCGGGCACGAGGACAUGCACCCGCCGCCGAGCAAUCCCAAUGUCUAUCCCGACGGCCGGUCAGCACAAAAGCUCCUGUACGGAGACCACGCCAUCUCACUGUCCGACAGCACAGCCCUACGCGCACUCCUAGCUACAUCGAUAGUCUCGCGCGCCACGGCUCUCGUCAUGGCAGUCCGGCAGACCGGCCAGAAGAUGCUAGACGAUCUGCUCCGAGUGUCGGCGCUCAGCACGGCCAUUUCUGAUGACCAAGGCGCUCCUGAUAAUGCACUGGCCCGGGCGAACAUUGCGUACCUUGAGGCGAACAUUACAGUGUUCCAGGGGAUGCUGAAAAAGGUGUUGGCCUCUGUCGACGACGCUAUAGGGCAGGAAGGCGCUGUUGAUGGUGGUGGCGACGGAGCCAGCGUGUUUCGCGGUUUUGCUGCUGCAUUGUUAGGGUGAAAAGUAGCUGCUCAGCCGUGACAGUGAAGCUGAAAAGUGAUUCAGAGGUCUCGUCUCGCUUGAAAAGACUGAUUCCACCACACCAGAAAUAGCCCGGUGUGUGUAUGAUUUGCUCAUACCUCAUGAUAAUCGAAAGCUGAAGGAAUUGCAAACAAAGACCAUAGCAUCUUGUAUUGAGGACCGACCUGGAUACAUAACUCCCACCAAUGGG